AUGCACGAUCCGAUAGGAAUUCCGGCUUUCUUUUCAUCUAGUGAUCACCCUGAUGAGCCAACAAGCGUAGGCAGAUCGGGGCAGAGUGUUUUCAGGUCGGUGUAUCGAACGAAGCUUGCCGGUGAGAGUCGCCUGAUUACGGUCAAGUGGUGCAGGAACCUUUUAAGUCGUGUUCUAUCCGUUUCGGUUCAAGGACUGGAUGGCUAUGAGCAUUGCAGGUGCAAAGUUGAGCUGAAGCCGUGGAGUUUCUGGAGAAAACAAGGCUCAAAGCAUUUCUUCAUCGACGAUAUUAGUGUCGAUGUGGUUUGGGACAUCAAGGCAGCCGAGUUCAAUGGAGAGACCGAGCCGCAAUCAGAUUACUUCGUCGCCAUUGUUUGCGAAGGCGAGGUCAUUUUACUCUUGGGAGAUCAAAAGAAAAAUGCUUAUAGAAAGACAGGUUGCAGGCCAUCUCUUAUUGAACCAAUACUAAUCUCCAGCUGGGAACAUAUAUUUGGCAAGAGGAAGUUCACAACGAGGGUUAAGUUUAACGACAAAGGAACCUUUCACAAUGUCUCGGUCGAAUGCAACUCUGACGGAAUCGAUCCGGUAUUGGAGAUAAGAGUCAACAGGAAACUUGUAGUUGAAGUUCAGCAUCUACAGUGGAAAUUUAGAGGUAAUGAAUCCAUUAAUGUUGGCAAAAAUGGAUUACAAGUUUUCUGGGAUGUUCAUGAUUGGCUCUUUGGUUCGGGUCCGAGACAUGGCCUUUUCAUAUUUAAUCCAAUUCCAUCGUCAUCACUGUCGAAUCAGGAACUCGACUCUGCAUCAGUAGAUUUUGGUUCUGCAAUGACUUCAUCCAGGUUCUGCUUAUUUCUCUAUGCCUGCAAAGUGGAUUGA